UAUCCGUACAUCGUUUCUACGGUUCAUGUUGCAGUCUGCAGCAUGAGGCAUGAGAGCGGCCUCGGGAGUAUGAACAUUCCCUUCAAUCCUUGUCUCCCUUCCCUCCAUCGCGUUUCGCAAUCGAAUCCUUUUUCUUCCUUUUACAGCACAGCUUUCAAUAUUCUCUUUUCACCUUUUCAACUUGUGUCGUUCGUCGGCGUGAUUCGAAUUCGGUGGUCUCCCUCGAAUUUUCUGCUUUUUGUUUGUGCUAUUUAUGUUGCCCAACGGCACAACCACAAACCCACAACCGCAUUCGCAGCCAGCCGUAGAGCCUUCGGAUUAACUGUUGGUGCCUUAUUUGCAAUCCGGUGCCGAGUUGGGAAACUACAUCCUGAGUCGAAUGGGUUACCUACGCAGCAAUGAUUCACGAGAAAACGCGCAGCAGAAUGAUAUUGGUGCAGCAGUGCGCAAUGGAAGAGAAAUCCUUUUUCAGGCCUUCAAUUGGGAGUCUCAUAAACAUGAUUUUCUGGGAAAUUUAGAAACAAAAAGUUCCGGAAGAAGAUCUGGUUUUACGUCAGCAUGGUGCACCAGCACUCAAUCCUUUGCACAGAAGGUUGAUUGCACAAAUUUUCUAGGCUGGUUACCUCCAUCAUAUUCCCUCAAUUCUAAUAUGAUCCGAGAACUUAUAAAUCUACUUCAAAAAAUGAAGCAACAUAAGUUUAGAGCAAUGGCUGAUAUUGUUAUCAAUCAUCGUGUUGGGACUACCGAGGCAUGGUGGAAUGUACACCGCUAUGAUGAUUCAUUGUCAUGGGAUGAAACGUGCGUCACAUCUUGUACCGGUGGACUGGGUAAUCGAAGUACUGGUGACAAUUUCCAUGGGGUUCCGAAUAUUGAUCAUAGCCAACCUUUUGUUCGAAAAGAUAUUACAGGAUGGCUGCAGUGGCUACGUAAUAAUGUUGGUUUUCAGGAUUUCCGAUUUGAUUUUGCAAGGGGUUAUUCAGCAAAAUAUGUGAAAGAAUACAUUGAAGGAGCAAAACCAAUUUUUUCUGUUGGGGAGUAUUGGGACUCUUGCAACUAUAACGAUCAUGGCCUGGAUUACAACCAAGAUAGCCACAGACAGCGGAUAGUAAAUUGGAUCAAUGGCACUGGACAGCUAUCAACUGCGUUUGACUUCACAACCAAGGGAAUUCUUCAGGAAGCUGUUAAAGGACAAUUGUGGCGCCUGCGUGACCCCCAAGGGAAGCCACCAGGUUUAAUUGGAUGGUGGCCGUCGAGAGCUGUCACAUUCCUUGAUAACCAUGAUACAGGCUCAACACAGGCUCAUUGGCCCUUCCCUUCAAAUCAUAUUAUGGAGGGUUACGCAUACAUACUCAUGCACCCAGGAAUACCAACAGUUUUCUACGAUCAUUUCUAUGAUUGGGGUGACUCCAUUCAUGAUCAGAUUGUGAAACUGAUUGACAUCAGGAAGCGUCAAGACAUUCACAGCCGAUCAUCUAUUACGAUCCUGGAGGCCCAGCCGAACCUCUACUCUGCUAUAAUAGGGGAGAAAAUCUGCAUGAAAAUUGGGGAUGGUUCAUGGUGCCCGGCCAGUAGGGAGUGGACACUGGCAACCAGCGGCCACAGAUAUGCUGUUUGGAACAAGUAACUUAGAAAGAUUAAUUAUGGAUGUAGCUUCUACUUAUAAGACGAAACAACAUUUAUUCUACGCACUGGGAACUGACUGGCGGCUCAAUGCUUCCCACGGUUGCUAAUACUUGUUUACACCAAAUAGGAUGAGAAUCCACUUCCUCAUCUUUGACAUCCUCCACCCUAUGUACUUGGACAUGAAACGAUAAAAGCAAUCAUCCAAUUUUAUAGUAAAAACGAAGAGAAAGUUAACUUGGU